AGAGAUAACUACUACAGCUACAGCUAUGGCUCCUACAAUCACUUCCACAGCAGAUUACUCAAAGGAACACCUGAGUCUGACACACAAGCAGAGAAAGCCAGCUGUCGAGAAGAUGCGCAGAGAUCGCAUCAACAACUGCAUCGAGGAGCUCAAGGCUCUCCUGGGUCCACAGCUCCUCAACCAGCAGCCUGAAUCCAAGAUGGAGAAAGCCGACAUCCUGGAGAUGACUGUUUGCCUCCUGAGACGAAAGCUUCAGCCAAAGAGUCUACCCUCCCUUGAUGCUGAUCACCAGGGAUUCUCCAUGUGUGCCCGACAGGUUGUUCACUUCCUGUCAAGAAAAGACGUUCAGACACAGUCCCACAGAACAGUGCUGAACCACUUCCAGACCCUGAAGCCAUCAUCUGAUGAGGACGUGCAAGAGUCAGCCCUCCCUCAGCUGAGUAUGUUGGACCAAGACAAAAUGAGAAAAGAGAGAAGUCCAGCCAGGAGCGCCCCCUGGAGGCCGUGGUAGAACACUACAGAUGCCGAUACAUACCCGAGAACUUUUGUUCUGAUAUUGUCAGUGUUCAUGCCUGCAAAUGCAUGUGAUUCAUUUUCUUUUCAUGAGAAAAGAGUAUAUAUGCUUCC